AUGCCAACAUCGCCCCCGUUCUCGCGGUGGCUGACGACGUAUCCCGUACGGCUGUACCACAGGCUGAUGGGAAGCAAGAACUGGCGCCCGGCGGGCACCGUCAUCGAUGAAGAGGCCGGCGUGGUCGAGUAUAGAAAAGGCCGGAUGGAUAGGUUCGCCAAGAUGGUAUCCAUCACUAUCGCGUCGACUAUACCUAUGAUUGCGAUCUUGGGUUUGUAUUUUGAGCAGAAUCUGCUGCAUAGGAUCUACAUUUCCAUCGGCAUCACGGCGGCGUUUGCGGCGCUGCUCUCCAUGUUCACGAAUGCGCGGCGCAUCGAGAUUUUCGCGGCUACGGCUAGCCUUGCCGCGGUGGAAGUGGUCUUCAUUGGAUGUGCGGAGAUCAAGUAG